GCAGCACGAGUGAAGACUUGGUUACGCCUUGGAGUUGGAAAGGGCGGGAGUCGUGGCUCUGUCGCGCUUGCCUCUCCCCUUUCUCGCAGCAGUCUUCGGGUUACAUAAAUCGCAGAGUCCCCACCUGAAGUUCCGCAGUUCCACGGCCGAUCUAGAGAUCUGGCUGGGCUUUUCCUCGCUUUCUUCCAGAAUUUCCUUCCUCUGCUCCUCGAAGCCUUCCGGGCUGUAUCUCUGAACUCCCGUCUGCAAAACCACCUUGCUCGUUAGCGCGCAGUUCAGCUUUUAGGAAGUGGAAUCCCGGAUGGCUCUGGUCAGCAGCGCGUUUUUCUUCGGGUGGUCGGUUGGGACCGCCUCGGUCUUUGCUCUGUUGGCCGCCGCCCUCUCCUUCUUGGCGCUCCUCAACUAUUGGAAAUGGAAAGAGAUGAACGCCAUCCCGGAGAUAAAACCCUGGUAUCCCAUCCUGGGUAACUCUCUGCUCUUCGAUAGGGACGCCGAAGGUUUCUGGAAACAGGUAAUUAAAUUUUCAGAAGAAUAUCGCUGUAUACCACUGCUAAAAGUUUGGGUAGGACCAUUCCCUCACAUUAUCUUAUAUCACCAAGACACUGUAGAGGUAGUGUUGCGUAAUUCAACAUUUAUUGAGAAGUCCUAUCUCUAUCGAUUUCUUCAACCUUGGCUGGGAACAGGACUUCUAACAAGCACUGGGAAAAAAUGGCAUUCCAGAAGAAAAAUGUUAACUCCAACUUUCCAUUUCACGAUCUUAGUAGAUUUCCUUGAGGUGAUGAUUGAACAAGCCAAUAUCCUUGUUCAAAAUCUUGAACAACAUCUGGACAAAGAUCCAUUCAACUUCAGUUUAUACAUUGUAUUAUGCACCCUUGAUAUAAUCUGUGAAACAGCUAUGGGCAAAAAUAUUGGUGCACAAAAGAACAAAAAUUCAGAUUAUGUCAAAGCUGUCCAAAGUAUGAGUGAUUUAAUUCAUCUGAGACAGAAAUCACCAUGGCUUUGGCCCAACAUUUUGUACAAUAUAUCUGGAAAAGGAAGGCAACAUCACAUGAACCUGAAGAUACUUCAUAGCUUUACAGAUAAAGUUAUUGAAGAAAAACUGUGCAAAAUAAAGCAACAGGAGCGAUAUCAAAAGGGUGCUGCCAGCAACAAUCACCUGGGAAAGAACAAAGAGAGGAAAGCUUUCCUUGAUAUGCUUCUGGAUGCCAGAGAUGAAGAUGGGGAGAAGUUGAGUUACAUUGGUAUACGAGAGGAAGUGGAUACAUUUAUGUUUGAGGGUCAUGAUACCACUGCUGUUGCCUUGAACUGGGCUAUUUACUUACUUGCAAGUCAUCCAGAAAUUCAAAGAAAAGUUAACAGUGAACUGGAUGAAGUUUUUGGUGAUUCUGACCAUCACAUCACAAUGGAAGAUUUAAAAAAACUGCGAUAUCUGGAGUGUGUCAUUAAAGAAGCACUUCGUCUUUUCCCUUCUGUUCCAAUUUUUGCCCGUAUUCUGAAGGAGGAAUGCUAUAUUAGAGGAUAUAAGAUACCAAAAGGGACCAAUAUCAUGAUUCUGCCAUAUGCAUUGCAUAGAGACCCUGACAAUUUUCCAGAGCCAGAGAAAUUCAGACCAGAGCGUUUUUUUCCUGAGAAUUCUGCUGGGCGACACCCAUAUUCUUAUAUCCCUUUUUCUGCUGGGCCCAGGAAUUGCAUUGGUCAACGCUUUGCCCUGGUAGAAGAAAAGAUAAUUUUAGCAACCAUAUUGCGACAUUUUUGGAUUGAAACGAAGCAGAAAUAUGAGGAUGUUGGUAUGGUUGCAGAACUGAUUCUUCGUCCAAGCAAAGGCAUCUGGAUUCAACUAAAAAAGAGACCAACUCCUAGCUCUUAGUAUAAGAAACUACAGGAGUAGUACAUUCUAUCAUUUCAUCAAUAAAAACCAUGGAUUUUGAUGGAUGGACAAUAAGGAUGACUGGCAAUGAAGAAAGUAACUUGCUUUUAGAAAACAAUUACAAUCAAAGAGUUUUGGGAUUGUGGACCAAUGCUCAAAAAUUAACUAUACCAAAACAAAAUAGAAUACACCAAUAUAUAGCCAUAUAUACAUAUGGCUAUAUAACAGCAUAGUAAUAUAACAAUUGUCAAGGAUGUUAUGUUAAACCUACUACUGCCAUGUUAGAUUGUUGGUUCUGCUCAUGAAGUUUCUCAUUAAAGGUUCAUGAUGAAAGUUAGGAGCCCUGAAGAAAGCAAAGAGUAGGAAUAAAUGGGAAAUUUCAUAGGGGUGAAAUAAAAAAUUGAGUUCCUCAAGGAUUUCUGAUGCAGUCAAUGCUUUUUAACUUGUUAAUAAAUAACUUGACUUAGAGGUAAGAGCUAGUCAUGUACAAACUGUAUAAUACUACCAAUAAAAAAGAAUACUAUUGAUAAAAUACUAUUAAUCAAAUAAUAUAUAUUUGAGUGCAUGUGUGUAUAUACACACACAUACACCACACACUAAUAUAUAUAGUAAAUAUAUACAUGUAGUAGAUCUAUCCAUAGUAAUAGUUUAUGUAUAAUUACUCAAAAUCAGUUCUGAAGAGUUACUGAAGUCUUUAAAAUCACUAAAUUCAGUGAAAUGACAAAAAAAGCUUCAAGACCUGAAUGACUCAUGAAAUUAAUGCAAUGUAUAUAGUCAUUACAUUAGUGCAAAAGUGCAUUAAUUCAGUAUCCAUUAAAGAUUUUGAACCCAUACAGAAAAUCUGACUUUCAAAGCCUUAAUUUCCAAAUAAGGAUGAAUACAAUAAUGUGCUGCAUCCUUGUGACCAGUGACUUCAGUCUUAAGUAUAAAAUAAUUAACUUGGAUAAAAAAAAACCUUUAAUUUUGUGUGCUGAUUGGAUCAAUGAACGUAUUCUGCAACUAUU